CAACUCUACAGAGUCUUGAAGAGCCAAUAAUCAUAUACUAUCUCAUUAAUCUUUCUGUUUUCUUAGUACUGAUUAAAAGAAAUUGUCUAUAAAUAAUGGGUAAGGUGUACAAUUUAGCUGAGGUCUCCAAGCACAACAAUGCCAAGGACUGUUGGCUCAUUAUUAGUGGCAAGGUGUAUGAUGUGACAAAAUUCUUAGACGAUCACCCUGGCGGUGAUGAGAUUUUACUGUCUACAACAGGAAAGGAUUCAACUAGUGAUUUUGAGGAUGUCGGACACAGCAGUAGUGCUAGAUCAAUGUUGGACGAGUACUAUGUUGGUGAUGUUGAUUGUUCAACCAUCCCAACAAAGGUCAAGUACACUCCUCCCAAACAACCUCAUUACAACCAGGACAAAACAAUACACUGCGUCAUCGAGUUCCUCCAGCUCUUGCUUCCUUUGAUUGUUUUGGGCGUGGCUGUUUGCUUCCGCUUCUACAACAAACAGUCAGCUUGAAGAUUGAUUAGUGGUACGUACGGUGAUGAAUCAGUGAGACUUUAAGAGCGAUAAGAUAUACUAGUUAAAGAUAUUCACGAUCAAGAAAUAAUAUAAUGGAUUCUCUUUCGAAUACCAACAAUAUAAUGUAACCUCUAAAAUAAGAAAAGUUUCUUUUUUUUUUUUUCCUUUGUUAGCUAGAGAAAUCUUUUGGUUAAAUUCUGAUAACAGUUAUGAUA